AACUCGCCCGCCUUGUAUUACUGCUUUUUAGCUGGGAGAAAAAAGUGGGGGGAGGGGGGGGGACAAGCAGCGAAAAGAAGAAGUUGGGGGAAAAAAGAAGAGAAAUCACGAUGAUGCCAAUGCAUUUCUUUUUCUCAGAUAAAGUGAUUCUCCUGUUUGACUUCUGGGAUGUCCACAGUGCGGGAGGGAUGGUGCUUUCCGUGUUUGUGAUCAUGCUACUCACCAUGUUAUAUGAAGGCAUCAAAGUUGGCAAAGCAAAACUGAUCCAGCACUCACAGACAGCCGUGGCCCCCAGCAUCAGUCAGGAAAACUUGAGAGAAGGGGUCUCCGUGAACUCAGAUGUGGGGUCAGCCACCACCUCCCUGAAGAAGCGUCUUUCAUGGCACCUAGCGGAGACCUUACUCCACAUGGUCCAGGUGUUUUUGGGUUACCUGGUGAUGCUGGCCGUCAUGACUUACAACACGUGGAUCUUCCUGGGAGUGAUUGCGGGUUCAGCCAUCGGAUACUUCAUGGCGUAUCCACUACUAUGCCUCAGAUAGCAGCAUGGAAGCUUCUCGUAGAGACAGCUCAAAAGUGAAAAUCACGCCGAUUUUGCAACUGGAAUGGAUUCUAUUGGGACAAGUCCUCUCCAGCAGAGAUCUCAGGUUCUCUUCGGAUUUCAUUUUAUCUCUCAUCUUGGCUGGCACUUCUAAUCCUCUAAAAUAGCCAUUGUGCUUCCAAUUCCAAGUAAUUUUUUUCCCUAAGUGCCUUAACACUUUUCUCGUGUCCAGAAAGUUAAUUUCAAGUAGUGUCCAUCUACUUCCAUCUAGGGGUAGAACACACAAUAUGAUUGUCGUUGAGGUUGCCUCAACGUGUUUGAGAUGGGGCAGCUCUGAUCGAACUGUCUUUGGUCACCCUUAAAUCUCAUCAGCUUGAUUUUGAUUUGUUUGGAAAAAUAAAGCCACCAGCAGAAAUGUAGAAAGUGGGGAGGAAAGGGGGCAGAUGUUGUCCCAUAGCCUUAAAGGGAGUGAUGGGGAUAAAUGUCCUAUUAUCUAAAGUACAAUAAGCUUUGCAAACUUUGAAAGCACAGUUGGAAAAAAUUCCUUUGCCAACACCAUGAUUUGAAGCACUUUAAUAGAUCUGGUCUGUUUCUAUUCUCAAUGCUCAUUCUGCUUUUUGACUCCUGUUCUCCCAGAUGUUUUCAUGAAGCCAACAUCCUGCCAACGCAAUGGGCAGUUGAGAUUAUUCAUUAUUUGCCAAAA